AAUAUUUCCAUGGGCAAAAACGACAGUCGGUUAUGUCGUGCAUGGUGAAACGGAAGGAGCUGAUGUAGCGCGCAAGAAAGGAGCAAUUGACCAUGAAAUGGGAUAUUAUAAAUUUAGGGUUUUUCAAUUCAAAAACUGAUACUGUGAGAUUUGAAUUGAAUAGUUAUGGAAGAAGAAGAAAAACAAGAAGGCUAUAGAAAAGAGUUGAAGGUUAGGGCUUUGAUUGAAAGGGCAACAAACUCCACCGCACCGGAUGUUGAUCACCGUCUCCUCAAAGCCAUCAAAAUGGUGGUCCGCUAUUCCGAUUCGGAGCUCCGUUUAGCUUCCCAAACCCUAAUGGAUCUCAUGAAGCGCGACCACUCCCAGGUUAGGUACCUUGCAUUUCAAAUAGUUGAUGAACUCUUCAUGCGUUCAAAGCUUUUUAGGACCCUUGUUGUUGAGAAUUUGGAUCAGUUAAUGACCUUGAGUGUUGGGUUUCGGAGAAGUUUGCCGCUUCCUGCUCCUCCGUCAGUUGCAUCCCUUUUGCGUUCAAAGGCCAUUGAAUCUUUGGAGAAGUGGAAUGUUUCCUUUGGGGUUCAUUACAGACAGCUUAGACUGGGUUAUGAUUAUUUGAAGAAUACACUCAGGCUUCAGUUUCCUAAUAUACAAGCUAAUGCGGAGAGGAUUCGGCAAGAGAGAAGGGAGAGGGAGAGGAAGUCGAAAGAGAUUUUGUUGAAUAAGUAUGAAUCUUUGAAAGAUAUAUUCUCUUCGAUAAAGGGAGAGAUAUUGUCUACGUUGGAUGAGAUUGAUGAGUGUUUAGAGAUUUUGCAUUCAAAACAGGAGCUUGAGUCAAAUGAUAUCUUAGACGAUGAAGAGCUUAAUGACUUUCGCUCUUUGGAGCUGCAGCAGCUUCGUCGCGAAGCAUUGGAUGAAGAGGAAAAAGUUUAUGAGAGCAGCGAUAACAAGGUAGUUUUUGAUGCAUUGAGAGAGCUGUACAAACUUCUGGUGACAAAGCACUUGGUUUCCAUCCAAGAAUGGGUUUCUGUUCUGGUAAGAGUUGAAGUAGCUGACAAUAGAUUUAGAGAUUCUACUUUGAAGGAAUUCAUUGAUAUUCAAAACCGUCUGAAAUCCAUUAAAAAGAAAUGUGAGGAGGCAGGUUGUUCUCUUCUAAACACAUCAAAACUUGACGGGGAAGAAGAUUUUUGGGAAGAGGGUGAUCCUGUAUCCAUUGAAACCUCACCUUGUACGCCCGAUAGUAAAAAGAAACAUCAUGGCUCAUCUAAUACGCCCGAUAAGAAAAAGAAACAUCCUGAAUCAUCUAGUACGCCCGGUAAGAAAAAGAAACAUCCUGCCUUGGCAUCAACUUCCCAUAAUAUGAGUAGUGAUAAUAUUGGUUCAUGCGCUAAAGAUUCUAAAAGCUCUAACACUAACAACCAACUUCAUGGAGGAAAUGAAUCUGAGUCAAACCCUGCGAGGAGUAAACUUUUGACCAAAGCUCCUGUGGUAAGAUGGGGUUCUCACUUGGAUAGUUGGGGUUCGAGCAAGGUUUUUAUGGCCAACCAGCGGGGCUUGGAUAUUGAAAGUCAUUGGGGUAGGGUAGAUGAUGAUGCGGUUAUUCCAUCAGAGAAAAUUGCUGAAUUGAGUGUUCCGGCAAUGCCUUAUGAAGAAAAGCAAAUUGAGAUCCAACCAUGCCGUGCUCCACUGAGGAAAGGGGGAAUCUGUCAGAGGAGAGAUAUGAAAAACUGUCCAUUUCAUGGACCUAUCAUCCCCCGAGAUGAUGAAGGGAGGCCACUUAAACCAAGUCCUUCAGAUGAUGUGAAUGUUAAUAUGAAGACUGAUUUAGCAGAGCAGUUAGCAAAACAAGCAGUAAAGAAUGUUCGUGAAACAGACAAAGAGGCGUCCAAGAAGAGAGAGAUUGAUAAACAGGCAUUGAAACGUGCAAAACUUGCUAAAAUUCGGGAACACAAUGAUGCAGUUUUACGAGAUGCUGCAUUGGCUUCGACUUCAAGAUCAGACGUCUUUGGAGAAGAUGAUGAGAUGACAAACAGAGACAAGAAAGCAAGUCUCGCAUCCAUGCUGAAAAAGAAAGUAACAUCAAAAGAUAGAAUAGCUCAGAAGCUUUUGAGUUCACGGGCAAGAUAGUCAAAACUUGUCAAUCGAGGAUGCUAAAUAUAGUCACUUUCCUAAAUCAACGGUAAACUGGUAUGAUUUUGGAUUGGUCGAGUUUGUCGUAUUGCUCAGAAGUUUUGACCAAACUUCAAAUCAACUGUAUUUUGAGUAAAGCUUUGCCUGUGGAUCAUGAGGUCAAUAAUUUGAAUUAGAGUGUGGGAGGGGAAUUAUUCAUAUCCAUUCAUUUAUAUUUCCUUAUAGUUUUCUUUUCCUAGGCAGAAUGAUGAGCAUCAGUUAAUUAGGAGUAGUAUUUUGGUCUAUUUAUGUGUUUCAUUUUUUGAAUUUUACCCCCCCACAUUUUCUAUGAAAUCAUUCUGUAUAUAAUAAGUGCCAAAGGAUUACAAAAUCAGCAAUUGAUGUGGUCCUCUGGAUUGUUGUCAAUAAUAACUGUUUUGCAGAUUGCAACAUGCUUUCAAUUCAUAAAACUUUCACAGAAAUGAAUUUUGGCAUCUGAUUUGGUC